ACGAUUCUUCACGAAUCGGACAGCACUAUCACUCAAGACUGUACUGGGCCACAUCUAUUUCUCUCUUAAGCUAGUACACCAGUGUUAUUUUCUUACAAUGCCUUUCUCUGAAUUAUAUUUUAAUGUGGAUAAUGGUUAUCUGGAGGGGCUGGUGAGAGGUUUUAAGGCUGGUAUUUUAUCUCAGGCGGAUUAUUUGAAUCUUGUUCAGUGUGAAACUCUGGAAGACCUGAAGCUUCACUUGCAGAGCACUGACUAUGGGAGCUUCCUGGCCAAUGAAGCCUCUCCUCUCACUGUCUCCGUCAUUGAUGACAAGCUGAAAGAGAAGAUGGUGGUUGAGUUCUGCCAUAUGAGGAACCAGUCUUAUGAGCCUCUGGCCAGCUUCAUGGAUUUCAUCACAUACAGCUAUAUGAUCGACAACGUCAUCCUGUUGAUCACUGGAACGCUCCAUCAGCGGGCCAUUUCAGAGCUGGUGCCCAAGUGCCAUCCGCUUGGCAGCUUUGAACAGAUGGAGGCUGUUAACAUCGCCCAAACUCCAGCAGAGCUCUACAAUGCCAUCCUGGUGGAUACACCACUUGCUGCUUUCUUUCAGGACUGCAUCUCUGAGCAGGAUUUGGAUGAGAUGAACAUUGAAAUAAUUCGCAACACUCUUUACAAGGCUUAUCUAGAAGCUUUCUACAAGUUCUGCUCUUCACUGGGUGGCACAACCGCAGAUACCAUGUGCCCAAUUCUGGAGUUUGAGGCAGACAGAAGAGCUUUCAUCAUUACCAUCAACUCCUUUGGUACGGAGCUCUCCAAAGAAGACCGAGCUAAACUCUUCCCUCACUGUGGCAAGCUCUACCCAGAGGGUCUUGCACAGCUGGCCCGCGCAGAUGAUUACGAGCAGGUCAAAGCUGUGGCUGAAUACUACCCUGAAUACAAGCUUCUCUUUGAGGGCGCUGGCAGCAACCCAGGAGACAAAACCCUUGAGGAUCGCUUUUUUGAACAUGAGGUGAAACUCAAUAAGCUGGCUUUCCUGAAUCAGUUUCAUUUCAGUGUGUUCUAUGCCUACGUCAAGUUGAAGGAACAAGAGUGCCGGAACAUUGUGUGGAUUGCUGAGUGUAUCGCCCAAAGGCAUCGGGCUAAGAUUGACAACUACAUCCCCAUAUUCUAAUGGUACAUCAUAUUAGUCUUGAAUAAUGAUUCACAUGGCAUGUUAUGGUUUGAAAAUUAUGGUUCUGUCUCCUCGCCGUUUCUUGCACUGCGCCACUCUUACCUUUCAUUGUGAUUGUCUUUAUUAGAGUAAAAUGAUGUUUUGUUCCACCUUUGGGAUUUUUUUUUUUUUUUUUCUAAAGAAAACUUUUAGAAAAGUAAUUCAAAUAUUCUUUUCUCUUCAUGAUGUCACAGCCCACUGCAAAUGAAGGAUGCAUUGAAUUACAGGAGAACAGGAGAGUUUACGUGAAAUGCAAAACAGAAGAAAAAAAAAAACUCUUUCUGUUGUAGCCUAAAAAAACAUACAUUCCAUUAUUGUCAUAAUUAUUAUUGAGAAGUUAUUUAGAGAGUCCCUGGUAAUUUAGAGUGUGAACCUUAUUUUGAAACACAAGCAGAGUACAUUUCUGUUGAAAUCAUGUUACGUAAAUUGUUGUGUUCCAUAGAACUGCGCGGUUACAUAAGAAUGGAUUUUUGAUUGAUUUACAGAGUAACUGUUUGCUUGUGUUUCUCCAAUAAGGAACAACGGGGUUAUCUUUAAAAAGGAGAAUUGCUGGGAUUUAACAAAAAAAAAUGUUUGUGUGUAUAGUAUUCUUCACUGUGUGUGUUUGUUAAAAUGAUACUUGUGUGCUUGCCAUUUGUAAAUUAGUGCUCAAAUUUGUGCUGACAUAAUUUAUGGAGUAGAUCAUAUUUUAUGAUUGACAGCUGAAUAAGUGAGGUCAAAUGGAUCUAUUAUUAAGAAAGACCUUGCUCUCGGCUAAAUCUAUUGUACUAUUGUAACCAUAUUGUUUGUGUUUUAAGUGAUCUAAAUGAAAUCUAUAAAUAUAUACACAAUAUAUAAAUAUAAAGUA